CCCCGCGAGCGACGCGAGUGGGUCGGGCAGGAGCUCCCUUGCCCGGCCAUGGGCGCCCUUUCGCCCGCGUCCUACUCCGCCUGCUUUCUCGGCGGCUUUCUCCUGGCGGCCGCCUUGCCUUCCUUGGGAGCGGACGCCUGCCCUUCCAUUGCUUGGAUUCCAUUCGAAAAGAGCUGCUAUGCUCUACUUCAGGGCUCCUCAGAGGUCUACGGUAUGGAUGAUGCCAGGGAGCUGUGCCAAGGCAAUGCUUCCGGAGCGGAUAUUAUUACUAUAAACAGCAAAGAUGAAAAUAUCUUUAUUCAGAGUAAUUUUCGCUCAAAUUGGCAUGGUCCAGAAUACAUAUCUCUUGGAAUGUUUUUUGACACAGAUG